UGCCUAAAAGUAAACAAAGUUCUUAAGUCCGAACAAUAUAUAUAAAUAUAUAUCAUGCACGUGUGUAAUAAAACCAUAAUCUUAUACAACGCUAAACCUCAAUUGCCAAUAUAAAAAAAAAUGCAUUCCUUUCAAAUUCAUUCCAUCGCAUCACCUUCUUCUGCGAAUAUUCCGAUUCCCAAAUCACAAUCCAAAAUCACCGGCGAUUCAUCGCCGCACUAUUCUCCCCGGCGUCGCGAAGAUCCAUUCUCCGACGCUCUUCUAUCACUCCGCCGAUGCACGGCCACCGGAAGCCCAAAAUCGGGCUCUUGUCAACACGCCCGUGUUCUCAAGUUGGGGAUCGAAACCGAUAUCUAUAUCGGCAACUCUCUUCUCAACAUGUACUCCAAAUGCGGCCACUUAAAAGACGCCCACAACCUGUUCGACCAAAUGCCUCACCGAACUGUUGUUUCCUGGACUUCCAUGAUGUCGGCUUAUCUCCUCGCCGGCGACGCCGCGGCGGCGGCGGUGCUGUUCGGACGAAUGCUGGACCUUGAUGAUGUCCGGCCUAACGAAUACUCGUUGGCCGCGGCAUUGCAGGCUUCUGCAUCGAUCGGAGACGCCGAUUUGAUCGGCGCAUUCCAUUGUUACGCAGUUAAGUUCGAGCUCGUUUCGGAUGAGUUCUUGCAGAAGUGUUUGAUUGAUGCGUACGCUAAAUCGGGCAUGUUCGAAGCCGCGGAAAAGCUUCUGCAGAAGCUGUCGAGCAGAGAUGUCGUUGCAUGGACGUCGGUUAUCUCAGGUUGUGUUCGUCGCGGCUACGGAGAAAGAUCAUUGGAGUUUUUUUGUCGAAUGCAAGAAGACGGGAUUUUUCCGAACGAAGUAACGAUGUUAGCCGUCUUACAGGCGUGCUCGGAGAUUCGUAGCCGUAAGAUCAUGUUGUUGAUUCUCGGAUUUGUUUUGAAAGGGGGCUUGUGUAAGUGCGAUCUCGUGUUGAAUUCGUUGAUCGGGAUGUAUUCAAAGAGCGGCUACUUCGUCGAGGGGAUGUUAGCGUUUUCGAGCUUUUGCUUCACGAAUGACGGUCGUUACACGAGCCCGGAAACUAUGGCGAAUCUCGUGCACGGAUGUGCGAUUUUUGAGUCGGGAGAGAUCGGGAAAGGGAUACACGGAUACGUAAUCAAGCACGGGUUUCUCCCGUGCGUCGUCGUCGAGAAUUCCCUAAUAAAUAUGUAUGUGAAGAUCGGCGAGGAGUAUUCGGCGAUGGUUUUGUUCAGAACGAUGUUGAAACGAGACGUGAUUUCUUGGAACACGGUGAUUAGUGGCUUCGUAAAGAUCGGUCGGCCCGGUGAUGCGUUGCGGCUUUUCGCCGAACUUUGUAGGAAAAAUUGCAAUGAAAAAAUAUCCCCCGACUUCGCCACGGUUCUUGCGUCUUUAGAAGCUUGUUCGGAGCUGGCGUUGUCGCCGCAAGGUCGAGUUAUUCAUGGCUACGUAGUAAGAACGGGGUUGCUCGGCGAUGUUUUCAUACAAAACGCGCUGAUAGAUAUGUACGCGAAGUCGGGGAAGGUCGAUUCCGCGGAGAGCAUCUUUGCGGAAAUGGGCAAGCGCGACAUCGGAUCGUGGAACUCGCUCGUCGCGGCAUACGGUAGCAACGGGCGCGCGACGUGUGCGUUGAAAGCUCUCUUCCGUCUCGAGCGAUCGGGGGGCGUCGAACCUGACGGAGUUACGUUCGUGAACGUUCUCACGGCGUGCGCCCAUGCAGGUGUGGUGCGGGAGGGUCUCGCCGUGUUCGGGUCAAUGGAGGGACGGUACGGCGUGAAGCCGAGCGUCGAACAUUACGGGUGCAUCGUGAAUCUUUUGGGCCGGGCCGGGCGAGUCGAGGAGGCGGAGAGGUUUAUACGCACGAUGGCAGUGAAUCCCGGGCCUGACGUGUGGGGGGCUUUGCUUGGUGCGUGUGUCGUGGCCGGUGAUGUUGGCAUUGCCGAGAGGGCAGCGAAGGAGCUCGCAAUUUUGGAACCGGACGGGAGCGCGUGGAGAGUGGCGAUGGCGAAUGUGUAUGCCAGAGUCGGGAGAUGGGCGGCGGCGGCAGAGAUGCGAGCGGCGGUGGCGGCGGAGAAGAAGGAGGGAGGGUGGAGUAGUGUGGAGGUUGGAGGUAAGGAAAUGAGGUUUGUGGCUGGGGACACUAAGUGUACGGAAAGGGUAGAUGCUUAUGAGAUCCUAAGUUUUUUGAAGAACCAUAUGAAAGAUGGAUCUUCAAUUUACUAUGAUCAUUUUAGUAUAUGUUGCUAAAAAGAAUUUACAUUAAUUAGAAAAAUGAAUUAGAGAAUUGAAACUAGUGUGUUUGUUUAGAGUAUUCUUAAAUAUUU